AUGGAAGAUUCCGACGAAUUCAAGGAGUUUGUUAAGAUGAUGGGUGAAGUUAGUGAUGAUGACGCGGAGAGUGAGAGCGGAGUGAUCGUCGACUAUGAUCUUGGAGCUCUAGGGGACGCACUUGCAAGUCAUGGUGGAUCAGGGAGUGGUGAAGCACGUGAAGUGAUUCGCAUUCUCCAUGACGCCGGAAUCCCUUCUUGUGUGGUCGGUGCCCAUGCCCUCAGGUAUUAUGGCGCUGGCCGUAUUGGAGUGGCCUGGGAGGUUGGUGUUCCCACGGAGAAGCUGGAUGAAGCUAUACAUUUGUUCAAAGCCGAGCCUCAAUCUAAAGCCUACGAACCGUGGCCUAGUCAUCAUAUUCCUCAGCCAUGGUCGUUAGUACAUACCUUCCCACACUUCCACCUCAAGGGGGUACACUUCACCUUCUAUUUGAUUCCGUCUUGGGAUUACCUUAUGGAUUGCAAAGAGUCCAACUUUGAGAAGAGCUCCAUGGGGAUCCCAUACCCGAAGCUAGAAAUUCUCGCACAAUCCCUCCUCGAUACGCAACGAUGGGCUGAUCUAGAAGACCUUAUUGACGGUAUGAACUUGAGUGAAGAGUGGGGCAACGAGCAUUUGCAACUCGACAGGACCUACGACAUUGCCUAUGCUGAGGAGAAGAACAAGAGAAUCCGAGCGAGCGUCAAAAAGACCUUUCUCUCGAGCCUACUGGAAUUGAAUUCUACCCAAAGGGUAGAGGUGAUCCGCGAUUGA